AUGGCCACUAAAACUAAACCGCCCUACAAAUCCCUGCUGCGAGGAGAAGCUAAACUAGAACUAGAUGAAGAAACUAAAAAAGUGUGGGCUGAUUUUGUCAAAAAAGCUAAAAAACACAAAACUGAUCCUAGUCAACAUAGCCAAACCAUUAUUUGUGGACGAGAAGAAUUUGCCGAAACUAGAAAGAACCAAAAAAAAUUUAAGAAUAUUACUAAUCAUCCUGAAUAUGGUUUGCCUAACUUGGCUGAUACUAUUGCUCAUGAGAUUACCCACUGCUUAAUUGCUGAUUAUGAACCAAAACAAGCUAGUCAGCAUGAUUUUACCCAUGCUUUUAUCACUGCCAUUUUGGCUUGA